UGCUUUAUUGUAGCGCUCCUCACGUGAACAUGUGGGUCGCCUUGUUCUACCGGCUGAUUGCCUGGAGCAAAGUAAGCAGCGCCUGUACGUGUCGGUCUCUGCCGUUUUUGUUCUCACGCGUCCUGUCGUUUUUUGAUCUUCUUGACAUUAUGUGAUUUGACAGUUUCUUAUGAAAUAUUGAAUAAUUUCAACUUUGAAGACUGUAAAGGCUGGUAUUGUAAUUCUUUGUAUCGCAAGUCAUUUUAUUAGGUUAAAUUGUGUAAUUACCUUUUCUUGUCGGUGGUGGCGCUGUUCGGUGUAUUUUCGCUACUGCCUGGCAUAGAAUUGCAGCAGUUAGAACCAAUAGGCGUACAAAAUAUCAGAUAAUUUAAGCUUCACUUGUGGUGUAAAAGUUAGUUAAUUACUACAUGCUUAAGUACUGUACUAAAUUGAAGGUAUUUGUACUUCAUCUGUAGUUUGUUGCGUUUUAUGCAAUUACAGAUAUGACUUUUGUACCUUUCAAGUUAGGAUAAGAUCGACUUAAGCAGGAAAUUCCCUGGUUAAAAUGAAUGAAUGAAUGUAAAUAAAAGAUCUGCGGCUCAAGCAGCUACACAGAGCCUCCACUGUCUAAUACAGCGGCUGAGAGGUAUUGUCCAUGGCGGAUGCCAGCCACCGUCUCUUCCAGUGGGCAGCGCGGUUCAGACCAGCUUAUUCUGUCUUUUUCUGUCCUGGUCUGUGCUGCUCACAUCCCCUCAGAUCACUCGGUGGUUGAAGCCUGAGGCUGCCACUUUUGGUGUCAUUAUCUGACAGUUAUAGUUGUUACUUUGUUCUCAGAUAUUACACAGGUAUCGUACCUGUGUGUCAUAGACAAAUGAUGUUCGAAUAGAUUGCAUUCUAUCAAUAAUUUCUGACCAAAAAUGGAAUAAAUAUUUUUAAUGCUAUCAUGCUGGCAUGAGCCAGGGCCAUUUUACCAUUCAAAAUCUGAUUUCAUAUAAUCAAUUAACUGAUAAUAAUGUUUUUGAUUAAGUAAAAAUUUAAACGUGUAAUAAAAUAUAGAUAUAUUGUUAGCAAAUUAGCUCAAUAAAUGAUAGAUAAAUUAAGUAAUAACUCGAUUUACGCAACCACUGUACAUAAUGCUUAGGUACAUAUGAUAAAUGAUUCCCCUUUUUAUACCCCUUUUACACGUUAUACCGCAUAAAUAGCAAUUCAGGAAACCUUGAAUCUAUUAAUAAACUAACCAACUGCAAUUAAUUUUAACAAAUGUGAACCUAGCCACAAAAACUAAUUCAUGUUUCAUUCAUGGGUUGCAUGCGUAUUCAAAAACAAGCCACACACUCCUAUGUACUAUAUAAAUGUAGGUAGGGCUGCAACGAGCCUUCAAGUUCUUUGUGUUGUUCGAACUAAAGUUUUAUAUAUACCUGACAAAAACAAAAGAAUAUGCCCUGUUUUUGCAAACUGUUAUAAAAGUAUAAUAACGUUUCUGCAUUUAUUUAUUUCUUUUUAGUAAUGGAAUAAGAGCAAUUAUGAAUAAUAAUGUAGACACAAAGGAUUUCUAUAAGGAAUCUGAACCUUACCGUGCUGCUAAUUUAACGUGAAUAAAUACUAAAUUCUUUUUUCGCUAGAACUGAGGCUUUAGCGACACCUGCAUGUCGCUUCUGUCCGCUGCGGUUCUAUAAACGUGAAACACACCGCACGGCGUUCGCGUGCACGCACGUAUUCUCUCGCUCUGUAUUAUUGCUCCAAGCCACCAGCCACCAUGGGGAGUUAAGGGCAAAACGUCGGCUUAUUUUUGUGAAUAUUUAAUCUAAAAGCUAUCCAUAUGCUGCCAUUUGGAGAAACCAGUUCGCACCAGUAUCCCCAAUGCUGUGGACUACGGGGAACUGGGUUUCAGAGACGGGUGAAUCGUUUGCCAGCAAAAUCCUUGCUAGAGGGGGAGAUCUGACCUCUGCCUUGUGCAAUCAGAGACAUGAGUGUUGUCAGAGAAUUACACGGGAUCGGGUACAGGGGCGGGUUGGGGUCGUGCCCCCUCUGAGUGGCCCGGCCCAUUUUACUGAGGAUGCGCCGCGACCCCCAGUUCCUGGUGAGGAGGGAUCUGAUGUGGAACCCCCAGUCCAGUCAGCCAUCACCCGUCCAAACACCUUUUCCCAAACUCUCUGCUAUCCCCCAUCAUCCUCAUCAACUAAAAUGGGGGACUGCUCUACUUACACACUCUCCUCGUCUUCUGCAACUCCUCGACGCCCCGAUCUGGACUUGGGGUAUGAACCUGAGGGCUCAGCGUCACCAACUCCACCUUACCUGAAAUGGGCUGAGUCACUCCACUCUCUCCUAGAUGACCAGGAAGGCAUCCAGCUAUUCAAAAACUUCCUGUGUCAGGAAGGCUGUGCAGACCUUCUUGAUUUUUGGUUCGCUUGCUCAGGGUUCAGGAAGACCAGCCAGGACAAGAGAGCUAAGCUGGCCAAGGCCAUCUACAGGAAGUACAUUGUAGAUGGAAGUGGGAUUGUCUCCAGGCAAAUCAAAGCAGCCACAAAGAGCUUCAUCAGAGACUGUGUGGGGAGGCCUCAUCCAGACCCUGCCAUGUUUGAGCAGGCCCAGACAGAGAUUCAGGCCAUGAUCGAGGAGAACACCUACCCUUUGUUUCUUAAGUCUGAUCUGUACCUGGAGUACACACGGACAGGAGGCGAGAGCCCCAAGCCUAACCCCAGUGAUCAGAGCCCUUCAUCUGGGCCUGCCAAGCCUGUGCCUGGGUACUUGCCUACACUUGCAGAGGAUGAGGAGUGGAGGUGUGGAGGAGGAGGUGUGAGAGAGGUGGAGGAUGAGAAAGAGGAGGAGAGUGGAGACACACCAGCAGGUAGGCUGACUCACAGCCUACUGAUGCAGACAGCCCCGCAGAGAGCCUCAGUCAACAGGAGGAGGCAGGACAGCAGGGAGUACAGCCUCAGACCAUGGAGGGAGCCAGUAAAUCCGUACUACGCAAACAUGGGCUAUGCCCGUGCUCCAGCCACCAGUGCUAAUGACAGUGAGCAGCAGAGCAUGUCGAGUGAUGCAGAUACACUGUCACUGACCGACAGCAGUGUAGAUGGUAUUCCACCAUACAGAUAUCGGAAGCAUCGUAAAGAGAUGCAUGAAAGUGCCAAAGUCAAUGGACGUGUGCCCCUACCUCAUAUACCUCGCACGUACCGCAUGCCAAAGGACAUCCACGUUGAGCCUGAGAGGUUUGCAGCGGAGCUCAUCAGCAGGCUAGAGACGGUUCUCAGAGAGAGAGAGGCGCAGGAAAGACUUGAAGAAAGGUUGAAGAGAGUACGACUGGAAGAAGAAGGGGAAGAUGCUGACGUCUCCAUGACAACCUCCAUGUCCUCUCAUAGCAUACCACUCUCCCUCCCCUCAUCGUUUCCACCUCCCUACGGAGCCCGUUAUUCAGAGACCACUGCAAACACCGCAACAGUUGCCACUUAUGGCAGCCUGGUUGCCAUGGAGGAUUCCCAUGACGAUGACCCAGAGUCUAUUUUGGAUGAGCAUGUUUCACGAGUGAUGAAAACACCAGGCUGCCAGUCGCCAGGGGCAACCAACAGCACCUUAGGAGUAGGGGGUCGCCACACGCCUCCCAAAUCCUCGCGCUCACCUGACGGGGGUGUCGGACCUCCUCACUAUCCACACCGAGGAGGAGGCCACAGUCUGCCCGCUGCUGGUGUUAAAGGUAUGCAUCACCACAAGCAACUCUACCACCACAGAGGAAGAGAAGGGCAGGAGGAGGCGGGCUCAAGGUCUCAGCCCAACUUCCUGUGGAAUGGAGAUCCAGCCGUGCCGUAUCCUGGAAGAAGUCGAAACUAUGCGGACGGGGCUGGAGCCAGCACGCUUGAGGGCGUGGGCUACAGUAGCAAAGGCAGCACACUGUCACGGCGAGGGGGCAAGAAGACGUCAGAGACAUCGGGUAAGGGCGAUGAUGGUGUACGUGGACCAGAAUCCCAGGUACCCCACGAAGAUCUGGAGAGAAACCAGAAGAUCCUGCAGUGGAUGAUGGAAGGAGAUCGACAGAGAAAGAGCUCACAUGGCGGCAGCACCAGCAGCUCCAGGAGGACAGGAGCCAGCAGCGAGUCACCGCGCCCAACUUCGGUGGAGCGACCUGGAGCUGUUCACCCCUGGGUCUCUGCUCAGCUGCGUAACAACCCUUCUUCAGUAUCCCCUGCCAUGCCUGGCUCAUCAUCUGCCCAGGUUCAGCCCUCGCAUCCUUUCAUCCAGGACCCAGCAAUGCCCCCCAACCCAGCUCCCAACCCCCUCACCCAGCUGGAGGAAGCUAGGAGGAGACUGGAGGAGGAGAGGAGGAGGAAUGCACUGCAGCAGGCCAAGCAGAGGCAUAAGUCUGGUAAACGUCAAGUGUGUGAGAACAUGACUGUCGCUUACUACUUUUGUGGAGAACCCAUCCCGUACAGAACAUCAGUUAAGGGCCGAGUGGUGACUUUGGGUCAGUUCAAGGAGUUGCUUACCAAAAAGGGCCACUACAGAUUCUACUUUAAGAAAGUGAGUGACGAGUUUGACUGCGGUGUAGUGUUCGAGGAAGUUCGUGAUGAUGAUGCCAUCUUGCCUAUCUUCGAGGAGAAGAUCAUCGGGAAGGUGGAGAAGGUCGACUGAAAUUUGGGAACAGGAUUACGAAACGGAAUUGCAAAAAGAUCAUUGGAAAAGCAGAGACUGGGAAAGAACGUUCGAGUUGGAUAUUCAGCUGUGGCAACACGAUUGAUAGGAAGAAGAACGAUGGAAGGAGUAAUGUGUGACAGAAGGGAGACUGUGCUGCAUGGUAGAAGCUUGAGUAUUAAAGAGGGUUUUUAUUUUUAUUUUAUUAUUUUAAAAAAAUUGGAUAUCUGCAUCAGCACCUGGAUCCAAACCCACCUAACACAAAGAAGAUCGACCACACCUGGAGAAAUGGCUAAUUUCACCUGUCCUGUUUCUACUCUGAAUAUUCAAGGCUGAUUGGAAGGCGGUUUAAAUCGGAUAUCUGACCGGUCUUCCACUCCACUGCUGGAAGGGACUGCUGGAGAUAGAGAGGGAGAGACAGAGAGGGGGCAUAGUAGUCUUCCACUUCUGCUCUGGAGGAGUCUGUCCUCCGCAGACCAUAACGAUGCUGCUACAUUACCAUGGAAACCCUUCAAUCGGUGCUUGGGACAGUAAAGAAAGCAGUUUUAUUCCAUUUGGGGGUCUCGCUGCCUUUUGCUGUCUCUGUUCCUCAUGGGCUGGUGACAGGGAGAGAGGACGGAGGAUUUUGAGGAGUGGAACUUCUACCUGUCCUCCUCAUUGACUUCAUGGACUCAACAGAGAAAUUUUCUCACCCUUGAUUCCCAGAUGUCACAUAGUGAUCUCUCACAUCAACAUGUUCUCUACAUAACUUGUUUACCAAAGCUACAUAUUUUUGAUAAGACAAGUAUCCUAGCUACUUGUCAUUUUAUUUGAAUUAUGUAUGUACAAGGCAGGUACUAUUACUUAUUAAUGCAGCCUAAUUUUGUCAUAUCUUGACAUAAUGUUGUAUUAUUGUGUAUGUUUUGAAGCUAGUUCAUUAGUCAUUUCAGGGCAGCCUUUCUGUUUCUUUUCUCUACAGCACAAUAUUGCACCUAAACUCUGUUUUGAAUGUGCGGUUGUUCUGCACCACAGAUUUUCUAACAUACAUGUUGUUUUUUACCUUCUAACCAUGUACUAAAGGUGGGCCUUCUUGACCAUCUUUGUUUUCGUUGCCCCUCAUGUACCUCCAAACCUGCUAUUUCUGCUAUAUGGAAAGCCUUUGUAUGUAACUCCAAGCUCAGUCUAGGUGCCUGCCUGCCUGCCUGCCUGCCUGUCUGUCUGUCUGUCUGUCUGUCUGUCUGCCUAGCCAGUGCCAUUACUAUCUAGAAGUGCGUCGGUGAGUACGAAAGCCUGUCAGUCACGUAUGCCUGAACUUAGCCAAAGAGUCCCAUAGUCACAUAUUUCUACAUCCAAUGAGUUUAUGUAUACAGUCAAAGAAAAAUUGCAAUAUCUUUUUUCAUUUUUUCAUCAUGAUCAGAAAGCAUGGUCUUCUUAAAUUUGCAGUUUCCCAAACCUAAACAUUGUAAAGAAAAAAACAGCCUAAAGAAAAUGUUUACUCUUCUCUGCAUAGUAAAAACGUAAUAGCAGCAAAGGUUUGCUUAGCUUGAUUUAACAAAGUCAAAGCAUAACAAAGCAUUUACAUGUGCACAGACCCAUGAAAACAAUGACUUUAAUGACUUGGAGAACACAUUGCUGCCAUUGUUGGUGUGUCUAAUAUUGGUGGAAAAGAAUUUGCAUCCUUGGCUCUGACUAGACAGCUCUGUUCUGAUAAAACACCCCCAGAACUGCCACAUUAGCCAGAACUACCCUGAAUUUGUAUGUGAGCAUGACAAAAAAGGUGUCAUGGUCUUUAGUACACAAAUGCUGUCUUUCUGUAUUCAGUGGUUCUAAAUUAUUAUUAUCUAUUACCAGUUUAGGAAAAAUAAAUACUCAGAUAAAUAUUUAGUUUAGUAUCGCACAAAAAAAUCAUUUAAAUUGUUGCAACUUGAAACAAAAGAAAAACAUUUUGGAUUUGAAUUCAGUUGACUGUUAAACAAUCAAAUACGUUUUUACGUAUUCUAUCUUACAAAAAAUGAAUGAGGAAGAAUAAGUUUAUUAUAAGAAUAAUUUUCACACCUGUUGUCAAGUUAAAAACUUGUUUUUGAAACCGUCUUUCUAACAUCAAGGUCACACGGCCAGAAUCAAAGCACACUGACACACCAGCUAUGUAAGCUGAAUGUAAUUUAACUUUACUUCUAUGUACUAGAUCAUGUCAUCAUGUCAGAUUCUCCCUUCAGUAUUAUCCUCCAGCUCUUGGUCUGAUUGAGUGUUUCUUUUUUAUCUAUGCUGGUAGGCAUUUGAAUGUGUUUGUAAAACAAAGAGGUCCCAGUAGAUCUUGCAGGAAUGUCAAAUACAGUUCGUCCUGGGUUUCUGCCCAGUAAGGGAAAAAUAGGGUCGUAAAAUGUAUUUGUUUAUACUGCAGCCCAUUAUGCCUUCAAUAUAAAAUAAAAAAUUUAGAUAUGUAUUUGUUUAUAAAAAUGUAAUUUUAAUAAUCAAGCAUGUUCUUUAUAGGGAUUGUUUUCCUGAUGAGUUGAAUUAUCUAUUUUGUUUUAUUGUUUUCGUGCAAAGUGCUAUGGCCCUCUGAUAUUUUAUCUGUUUUGUUCGAACACCCAGGGACAGUUGAUUAACAUCUGAGUCGUGUCAUUGCGAUUAUGAUUUGAACAAAACAAAAACAACUGCGCCUGUUGUAUUGUCAAUUUGUGUGAAACACAGUGCCUUUUAUCACGUUACCUUUCAAAAUGUUUAUUGAACCAAUCCAUGAUUUUAAUACAUGUUUUGAUUUCCAGUCCUGUUGUAUUUUUAGCUGCAGUCAUGCUUUCUCAUGUCUGUUCUCACACCUCCUCUGCUGUAAAUAUGUACAUUUUCAUUUCAUACUCGUCUUCAGGCCUGCAGCCACAUGUCAGUGGUGUUUCAGUUUUUCAAAGGUAAAGAUGUCACUGUGCUGGUUCCAUUUGUACAUUUCUUUUAAAAAGGUACUUCGUAAUAAAGAUAUUGAAGAAACUA